AUGAUAGAGCGGACUGCGGCAUGCAUUGAACCAGCAUCUCAACUCUUUCUUCGACGGCUCGAGCCUCCUGUUCGCACGCACCGUGCGCUUGGUCCCUCUUUCUGGAAAAAUGGAGGUAACCAGCUGGACGUUUCUCCUUGGUGGCCAUUGUACCUCAGUAGCAUCCGAGCUCGGCGUUCGAAUCCACCUGGCCUCGAGUCCGUUCUUCCCUGCCCGAGACAGUCCUGGCUAGUCGAACCCGGCGAGAUUCCUCAUCGAUCCCGAGUUCGAGCUUCGAAAUCCGAUGGAUGUUCUACCCGUCUUCCAUCUUCGUCCUCCCGAGCCUAUACUAGAUCAGCAAAGUUCAGGCAAAAAGCUACUGCCGUGUCUGCCAAGGAAGAGGAGAAUUUGCAGGAUGUACUUCUACACGAUCCACCAUCCAGCACUCCGAGACACAUGAUUGUGGAAGAUAUAGGAAGCAGCAGCAAUGAUCCGGUUGCCGCAGGCGCGCAUGAAGAGUCGGGGAACGAACAUGCGAUUCCAACCGUCAAGGAAACAGAAAAACAUCUCUUGCACCUCCUCGAUACCAACAGGGAUGUGCAGCCAGACCCGGAAAGCGACGAUUUUGAUCGCGCUUGGGCUUUGUUCAACCAGCUCCCGAAUCAGCAAGCGUACGCGUCUGAAGUCUUCCAUUUCCUUUCCAAGUCAAGCAGAAGACGAGAUCAGACCCUCGCUUUAAGCGCCUUCAGACUCAUGGAUGAAGAGCAGAGAUCUCGAGCUGAUUACGAGCGAGCCGUUCGAUCAGCGUUAAAGGCGGACAACUAUCGGAUAGCUUUGAGAAUCAAUGCUCGUGCUACCAGGCGCAACAUGCAACAAGGCUGCAGUGUGUUCCUCUUGUUACAUGCUGUCUCCAAUCAUCUCUGGAAUACCGCUGCUACGGUGUGGGAUACCUCUUUCAAGCGAGUUCCUUUCCGGGCUGGACAAACAUCGCCAACUCGGCUUGCCAUUGCGAAGGAGAUUGGCAAUUACCGCGAUCUACCGUUCGCAAUAUACCAACUUGGAACAAAGCUGCAGGAGCGGGCGACAGUCACCAUGCAACAUUCAGGAACUCUCUCAACUCUAUUCAACGAGCUUCUGACUGCCCUAGUACGAAAUGGUGCUCUUAUGAGCAUAAUCACACCGCGUGGACUGCAACAUUUGUUACAGCUCUCGACCGACCUAGCGCUGUCCAAACCGUCUCUUUACAUCACUGCCAUUGAUACCAUCAACAAAAGCGCCGUGAGACCGGACAAGGGAGCAUUGGCUGAUCUCGUGUACAACAUGCUUCGAUCAAGUCUCCCAGAAGUGCCGCCACGACCCCAGGCCUUUGGUUCGCUCUUAUCGAUACACUGCGAUGAAGGAGCCCCUGCUGAGACCUACAACCACUAUCUGGAUGAAUUUUCAAAGUUCUACGGUGUUGCAGAUCUCAAGAGCUACCAAAAGGUCCUCUCAGCCCUUGCUGCUCAAGGUGAUGUUGAUGGUGUCCAGCAGACCUUUUCACGCCUUUGCCAGGCCCAUUCACGGCCCACCGACGUGGCGUACUACACACCGCUCCUGUACGUCUUCGCUCGCCUUGGCGAUGUGCAAGGGACAGAACGGGAAUUUCAGUCAAUGGUCGACUCUGGAGUACGCCCGAACUCCUAUUGCUGGAAUAUCCUCCUCUAUUCACAUUCCAGGUCUCUCGAACCUUGGCGGGCCUUUGAAGUCUUCGACAAGAUGAAGGCUGAGGGAGUAGCACCGGAUGCGUUUACUUUUACGACUUUGAUGGGUAUCUUCUCAAGAACUGGCGACACCGAUACUGUACUGGACAUUCUUGAACAAGCCCAGCAGAAUAAAGUACAAGGCUCAUAUGGUUUGGUCACUGGUCUGAUACAAACAUACUGCCUUAAUGAUCAAGCAGAAGCUGCGGAGAGGCUAGCUGAAGCAGCCACCACUGCCAAUCUUCAGGGCUCGCCUGUCACAAUGUGGAAUUAUCUGCUACGUCACUACGCAUUCGCAGCGGAUGCUGAAACUAUGCUACGUGUCCAGGGCCGUAUGAGGGCGCUAGGAGUCGAGCCCGAUGCUAUGACUCACGCUGCGUUCAUGACAGCGCUCGUGGUAUUGAACAAAACUCGGGUUGCGAUGAAAAUACUGAGGAAUUUGAACUUGAGUCAGGCACUUGCCGCUACACCCUUUCAUUAUGCCAUCAUUUUGCACGGAUUUGCAAAAGAGGGUGACAGGGACAUGGCCAGUGUUGUCUAUCAAGAGAUGGUUGAGAGGUUUCCAAGGAUUGGAGCCAGUCCACGUCUUGCGAUGCUCCAUCUACAGGCUAGUAGAAACUCUAUACCCAAUGAACAGCCCCGGUUCGCAGCUCAGUACUUGGAAGAGAUUCUCCAUGAGCUCUCAACGCAGGACCGCGCAGCACGUCAACCGCAGCCCGGUCUGCGCCGCCGCCGAGGCGUUGAUGCCAUUCCAGCAGUAUAUUUGGAGUAUCUUAUCGACCUCCUUGCAGCAAGAGGUCAAAUCAAGCGUGCAGAGAAGCUCGUCCAGAGAUUUCAGUCUCUCUCACAGGCAUCAUACCUUACUUUGAGCAAUGCCGCCUCUUCCUCGAUCCAGUUCCUGACUAGACGCCUGAUGCUUUCAAGCGAGAGUCGUGACUGGGGAAGGGUUGAGUCUACUUGGGAAGAGAUCCUCGAACGCGGUGUCCAGACAGCAAGAAGAUUUUCCCGUGCAGGCGGAAAGAAAAUCCCUGCCGAAAGCGGAGCUCCUGAUGGCCAGCAACUUCUGCCGGUUCUACCCAUAGGUCUACCCGACACUGAGUUUCUCACGAAGGAGACCUUCUUGUUCGAGUCGAUGAUUCCACAGGAUGCCCCAACUUCUGGUCCGUUGGACGAGCCCGGACUGGCGAUCAUUCCCUCACAAAGAUACAUUCUCGAAGCCCCUUUGACACGAUACUUGAGCAGUUUGUCUGUCCGUGAACUCCAAUCGCGGGCUACAACUCUCGUGGCCGAGCUGGAGAGAGUGGGGUUUGCAUUGACUAGUAAAAAUUGGAAUAUGUACAUUCAAAUUUUGACACAGUCGAAGGAUCAGCAACACUGGCUACUUGCCUAUGAACUCUUUGAGCAGAAGAUGAUUCCCAAUACCCCUCCAUGGCCAGUCUUACGGCGUGGUAAGUGGUUGUCAUCCAAGGCAUCACAAGGGUCUCCUCCGACGCCCGUUGCCCGCAAGACCGUCGAAAAGCGGGACCCGGGCCAGUUGAUGCCAACCUAUUACACUGCAGUCCACCUCGCGAGCGUCCUGCUCAAAGCAAACAGACUUGCUGCAGAAGGCGACAGAGCCACAUACAUGGCUCUUCGGAAGACUGCUCCUCAAACCUGCCGCUUUGUCCAAAACAUGCCAUAUCAUAAAGACCGAAUCCAAGGGGUCCUCCUCCGCGGAAGAAAGAUCAGGGCCGAUCCACAAAAGCGUCCUCGAGCAUUCGCUGAGCCGGAUCGGUCCGGUGUGUUGGGAAGCAAAUCACCAACCGACCACAUCCCCGUCAGAGAAUUAGUCGGGUUUGAAGAUGCUGUAAGACGCGACACAGGUGACAAGUCAUCCAGUGCAGUGGAGCAAGCACGUGAGAUACACUUAGCAGAACUAUUUGAAGGGCAACUUACUGGCUCUCCGAGCACGCGAGACAAAGAAGGGGACCGAGAAGAUGCGGAACAAGUCAAUCGUCGAGCAGGGCACAAGAAAAGAAGGCUUGUUCAACUACUGGCAAAAAUUCGCCGCGACGUCUCACUGCCGCGAACGAUCAGCGAUGCAUACAUCGGUCAUCCAACGAUACCUCCGAGUGAGAAUCUGUCAGCUCGAAAAGGAACUCCGCGCUCAGGAGGACGAGGCUUAUAUAACGCAACUGAUCGACGAUUAGAGCAGAGCGCUCUUGGCAAAAGAGAAAUCCGCGAGCAGCGACGAUUAUCUGGCUAA